AUGAUCUCCCGUAGGAAACACGAUGGUGCGCAACACGGUUAUGUGGACCCAGCAGUCCAACUCAAUGUCGGCCUUUGGACGCUCUUUGCCGGCGCAACUGUUUUCUUGGCUAUGAGGAUAUGGAUCAAAGUUACUCGCCGACAUGGUUUGUGGUGGGAUGACCACAUUCUCCUCAUUUCAUGGGUGAUACUGGCUGCCAACAACUCCAUCAUUACUCUUGAAUACGCAACUGGUUAUGUCCAAGCCACCUGGGAUGAUCGCAUGCACAUACUCAUCAAUAUCACUUCGUGCGGUACUCUUAUCAACCAAUCGCUUACCAAGACGGCAUUUGCAGUUACUCUGCUGAAGUUGACCAAGAACUGGGGAAGAUGGAUCCUCUGGUUCUGUAUCGCUUCUAUGAACUCGUACAUGAUCGCAAAAGUUAUCCUUCAGUGGGCAAAGGUCUGCGGAAAGUCGUCCUACGACGUCUGGUAUCGUCUUGACUUUUGCCUCGAGCCAAAGUUCAGGGAUGAUUUCAAAGAGGGUGGCAACGUCUACAACAUUAUUAUGGAUUUCGUCCUGGCAGUCUUCCCAUGGGUCAUUACCUGGAACCUCGAUAUGCGAAGGGUUGAGAAGAUUGGUCUUUGUGUUGCCAUGAGUCUAGGUAUGGUUGUCGCUGUUGUAUCAGCUGUCCGCACAAGCUGGAAGGACGAGGGUAACCAGAAAGACGAAUGGUACUUUUGGCGCAACGCCCACUCCAACAUCUGGUACUCAUCAGAGAUUGUCGGCACCAUCAUCGUCCAGUGUAUUCCCGUCUUACGGCCUCUUAUUCGCGACAUCAAAACCUCUCUCACUUCAAAGAAACUCGCAUCAUCUGGCGAUGAGUUGACUAGGCGUAGCAGAGGCCCAUCCAUCUUCGGCUUCGGAUUCGGGCCUGGCCCAACCAUUGGCACAAAAUCAUCCCACAAGGCACACAUCUAUUCCGACGCACGCACCACCUUCAACGACACAAAGAGCGAGCCCAACCCCGACUCAUGGGACAACCAAGGCAUCUUUCAGAAAAGGGAAUUCGAGCUCACCACCAUGGAAGUCAAAGCCCAUAAGGGAGCAGAAUUAGUAUGA